CAGGGGCAGCGGUUCCGUGCUGCUGUCGGGGGAGGGGCAGCAGAGGGCUGGAGCAGGACUGGUUGGAGAUGGUUCUUGCCAUGCUGGGGGCCCUGCACCCCAGGGCCAGGCUCAGCCUCUUCCUCUUCCACCUCAUCCUGGUAGCUGCCGUCCUCGGCCCCCAGCCUCUGCGGUCUCAGCGGUCUGUCCCUGAGGAAUUCGCAGCCCCCCUGGAACUCGCACAGCCACUUUCCGGCCUGGUGGAUGACUACGGGAUCCGCCCCAAGCACCCAUGGCCACGAGGGCCUCGUCCACUCCUGUCGCAAGCCCAGCAGCGCAAGCGGGACGGACCAGACAUGGCCGAGUACUACUACGAUGCCCGCCUGUGAUGGGGACCCCUUAUAAAGCUGUUCUGUGCA